GAAAAAAUUUUAGACAUCUAGUGGUGGCGGACUGAAAUAUUGAUAUUAGGUCCUAUACGUUAGGAAAAUAUAAAUAUACAUAAUAUAAAUAUAUUAUAAAUAAUUCUAUAAAUUAAUAUCAUUUGAUAUUAUUAUUAUAUAAAUAAUUAUUAUAUAAAUAAUGUUUUAUCAUAUAUCAUUAGAACAUGAAAUUUUAUUACAUCCUAGAUAUUUUGGACCUCAAUUAUUAGAUACUGUGAAACAAAAAUUAUAUACUGAAGUAGAAGGUACUUGUACAGGAAAAUAUGGUUUUGUAGUUGCUGUAACAACAAUAGAUAAUAUAGGCGCAGGGAUCAUACAACCAGGACAAGGUUUUGUAGUAUAUCCAGUUAAAUAUAAGGCUAUUGUAUUUAGACCAUUUAAAGGGGAAGUAUUAGAUGCCAUAGUAACACAAGUGAAUAAAGUUGGAAUGUUUGCUGAAAUAGGACCACUUUCAUGUUUUAUAUCUCAUCAUUCAAUUCCAGCAGACAUGCAAUUUUGUCCAAAUAUAAAUCCACCAUGUUACAAAACUAAAGAAGAGGAUGUAAUUAUUCAACCAGAUGAUGAAAUAAGAUUAAAAAUUGUUGGUACAAGAGUUGAUGCCACUGGAAUUUUUGCUAUUGGAACAUUGAUGGAUGAUUAUCUAGGUAAAUAUUUAUUUUAUUACUCUAAUGAUAAAUUAUAUUGCUUUUUUUUAAAAAAUAUAUUUCUAUUAUAGGACUCGUGUGUAAUUAAAUAAAUUGUCAUUUCAAUUUAAAUUUUAUAAAUUAAAUAAAAUAAAUUUUAUUUUUUAUGCAAAUAUAUAAUUUAUAUGUAAAGAAUAAAAAAUAAAAUGAAAAAUAAAUAUUUUAUUUAGUUUCUACAAUAUAAA